UGUAUAAUUAUUGAAGAAAUUGCGUGGUCUUUGCAAUUUGGGCAUCGUUCUUAUCGCUUCCAAUGAAGGGGCCGUUUACCUCCACCACUAUUUCCAACUUGUUUUUGUACCAUUCUCUAUAUUUCUUUGACACCUAUAUUACACGUGUCUUUAAUCCAUUGGACCUUCGUCCUACUAUAUUUUUACCCGAAAUGACGAAUCUGUCCUUCUCAUCCACCUAUAAAUUCACCUCUCCGGCUCCUUCCCUUUCAUUCAGUUUUCCUCUAUUCUUCUCUCUAUACGUCAUAUUCAUUUCUUCCAAGAUGCAAAUCUUCGUUAAAACCCUAACCGGUAAGACAAUCACCCUUGAGGUUGAGUCGUCUGAUACGAUCGACAACGUCAAGGCCAAGAUCCAGGACAAGGAAGGGAUUCCCCCGGAUCAGCAACGUCUCAUCUUCGCCGGUAAACAACUCGAGGAUGGCCGUACCUUGGCCGACUACAACAUCCAGAAGGAGUCCACCCUCCACCUUGUCCUCCGUCUUCGUGGUGGCAUGCAGAUUUUCGUGAAGACCCUGACCGGAAAGACCAUCACCCUUGAGGUUGAGUCGUCUGACACCAUUGACAACGUGAAGGCCAAGAUCCAGGACAAAGAAGGCAUUCCCCCAGACCAACAGCGUCUUAUCUUCGCUGGAAAGCAACUCGAGGAUGGCCGCACUUUGGCCGACUACAACAUCCAGAAGGAGUCUACCCUCCACUUGGUCCUCCGUCUUCGUGGUGGUAUGCAAAUUUUCGUUAAGACCCUGACGGGUAAAACCAUCACCCUCGAGGUCGAAUCCUCUGAUACCAUCGAUAACGUCAAGGCAAAGAUCCAGGACAAGGAGGGAAUUCCCCCAGACCAACAAAGACUCAUCUUUGCUGGUAAGCAAUUAGAGGACGGCCGUACCCUUGCCGAUUACAACAUCCAGAAGGAGUCCACCCUCCACCUUGUGUUGCGUCUUCGUGGUGGUAUGCAGAUUUUCGUCAAGACGUUGACCGGAAAGACCAUCACCCUAGAGGUUGAGAGCUCUGACACCAUCGACAACGUCAAGGCUAAGAUCCAAGACAAGGAGGGAAUCCCACCAGACCAGCAGAGGUUGAUCUUCGCUGGAAAGCAGCUUGAAGAUGGAAGGACUCUGGCUGACUACAACAUCCAGAAGGAGUCAACCUUGCAUUUGGUGCUUCGUCUCCGGGGUGGAAUGCAGAUUUUUGUUAAGACCUUGACCGGAAAGACCAUCACCUUGGAGGUGGAGAGCUCCGACACGAUCGAUAAUGUGAAAGCUAAAAUUCAGGACAAGGAAGGCAUCCCUCCGGAUCAGCAGAGGUUGAUCUUUGCUGGGAAGCAGCUAGAGGAUGGGAGGACUCUCGCUGAUUACAACAUUCAGAAGGAGUCCACCCUUCACCUUGUCCUGCGUCUCCGUGGUGGAUUUUAGAUGGUGGUGGAUGUUGUUGGGUGUUGGUGAUUGUCUUUGAAUGAUUUCUGAAUGUUAAUGUGUUGAAGAUUUGGUACUUGGAAACAGCUGCCUGUAGGCCUAUUAUUGCUGUUGAAUAAAGUUGAUUUCCCGAAAUGUUUAUGUUUUUGUUUAUGUGAAUGUUGCUUAUUUCUCUAAAUGAAAUGAACAUCGUAAUGGUGAAUUGCAUUGUA